CCGAAAGCGGAGAGGGCUGGCCAAGGACGCGCUCCGGCGGCGGCGCAGCGAGGCAAUGGGAAGCAGGUUGCAUGUGCGCUGACAUCCCUCCGGGGAAGGACUGUUGAGAGACGCGCUGCUUCGCUGAUAAAGACUGCAGGGUGAAGACAAGAGAAGAGAAGAGCAGACAGUUUCUUGCGGAUAUUCGGCUGCCUCGGAGGACUUUUUUUUUCUGCAGACGGAGGAACUUUAAACAGCUCAACAGAAAUGCAAGUCGCGGAGACAAGGGGAGGAAGUGCUAAGUCGGAGUUUGUGCACUGAGAAGACCUGCCUCUGCCUAGUUGUUAAUGUAAUAUCAACAACUUCCCCAUUCGAACUCAUUGGAUUUAAUUUUUUUCCCACUCCGAGGGACCAUGCCCACUGAUGACUAUGUUCUCCCACCCGACUCUUUACCAACUGUGCCAGAGUUCCCCGACAAGAGGACACCUCUGAAUGUUAUGUCGUUAGGACGUUUCAACCCGGAGAAACGAGCCUUUCAGUACUGUGCUGUGAGGAGCAUGGACUCCUCCGACAACGACCGACCGGUGAGUUACAGUUCGACGUCUUCGUCGGCUUCUUCACGUGACAGCCACUGCUCUCUGGGCAGCCGGGCCACUUUGGUCUCCAGUAGUCACUUGGGGCUUGGACCUACUCCACCACAGGAGAAAGAUGCUGGAGCCAUCCGACUUGAACUUAUUCCCGCACAGCAGCUGGGUUGCCAUCGAGAAAGGGAAAACCAGGUCAAUGGGAGCUUUGUGGACAAGCGGUCCAGCACACUAAAGAGGGUGGACAGUAAGGGAGCCUCGCCUCUGCCAUCUUUGGAGCCUACUAACCCCAAAAUGCUUUACGUGGAUAGAGUCGUUCAGGAAAUCUUGGAUACCGAAAGAACGUAUGUCGAAGAUUUGCGGAGCAUCGUGCAGGACUACUUGGACUGCAUCACUGACCACGGUCGGCUCUCGCUAGGGACAGAGGAGCGGGCCGCCUUGUUUGGGAACAUUCGUGAGAUCUACCACUUUAACAGUGACCUGCUUCAGGACCUGGAAAACUGCAACGCUGACCCUGUAGCCAUCGCGGAGUGCUUCGUGGCAAAGAGUGAAGACUUCCACAUUUACACCCAGUAUUGCACAAACUAUCCAAGCUCUGUGGCUGUCUUGACUGACUGCAUGCGGAAUAAAGCCCUCGCCAAGUUCUUCCGAGAUCGCCAAGAGGCUCUCCAACAUUGUCUUCCCCUUGGAUCCUACCUGCUGAAGCCAGUUCAAAGAAUUCUCAAGUAUCAUCUCCUCUUACAAGAAAUAGCGGCGCACCUUGACAAGGACACAGAAGCAUAUGAGGUGGUGCAGGAUGCCAUCGAGACCAUGCAGAGGGUGGCCUGGCACAUCAACGACAUGAAGCGGAAGCAUGAGCACGCAGUGAGACUGCAGGAAAUUCAAAGUUUACUUGCCAACUGGAAAGGGCCGGACUUGAUUAGCUACGGGGAGCUGGUUUUAGAAGGAACGUUCCGCAUUCAGCGGGCCAAGAAUGAGCGCACUUUGUUUCUUUUUGAUAAACUUCUGCUAAUUACAAAGAAGAGAGAAGAAAUCUUUACGUACAAAGCCCACAUCUUGUGCUGUAACCUGAUGCUGGUGGAAGUGAUACCAAAGGAACCCCUUAGUUUUAGCGUCUUCCACUACAAGAACCCAAAACUUCAACAUACUGUGCAGGCCAAAUCUCAGCAGGACAAACGCCUCUGGAUCCUCCACUUGAAAAGGCUAAUACUUGAAAACCACCCAGCUAAGAUCCCAGCCAAGGCGAAACAGGCUAUUCUGGAAAUGGACGCUGCUCAUCAUCCAGGAUUUCAUUAUAGCCCUGAGGGUGAACGGAAAGCCACUUCAGACUCCAAAGAAAACAGCGCAACACUCAGGAUCAGAAGGAAAUCGGAACCAUCGUCAAGAUCAAGAGCUGUGAAACAAAAUGAAAAGAGCUCUGAAGCGCAGAAGAGAAUAAGCAUAGAAGGAUCUCUUUUGUCUCCGACUGCCAAACUGGGCUCUGCUGAGGUUCUCCUCACUUCCUGCAACAGAGAAAACGUUCUGGAGUCCAGCAGUCCAGUGAAUCAAUCCCAGGAGUCCCUUGAUCCUGCCUACCCGAGCGAUUUUGAUGAGAGCCUUCAUAUGCAUGCUGCAGAGCAGGUGGAUGCAGAUGACGAGGACGACGCCGAGCAGGCAUCAAAGGAAUCCUUGCUGAAAGAUGCCGCCUGCCUAAAGAGAAGUGUCAAUGCUGUCAGCUCGACUCUACAACCCAUACGAUUAUCUGCCUCUUCAAACCAUUCAAACUUGAACAACGUGCUCGGAGGUGCUCAAGCCAUUAGAAGAAUUUGGACUGAUCAUCAGAUUCGGCAGGCUCUGUUUCCCCGUCGACAGCCUGAACGUUGCACUGAGGAAGAGGAGGACGUCUACCAGAUGUUUCUGCCCUCGGCCUCUGACUCCCAACUUAAUGUCACUAGAAGUAAAGAACAGCACCACGGGUCUGGGAGACCGUGUAGCUGGCAUGUUAGUCAGCCUCUGCCGGGAACGCCCAGACUUAAUCGUGUAUCUGUUAGAAGAGCAAGCAGUGUUAGGGAGCGGAAUAUAGACCAGAAAUCUUCAUCUUCAUGUGGUGGCAUCGGGCAAAGGGAUGUGGUAAUUAGUCAGUCGUCGGAUAUCCCUGGAAGACGUUCUCUGUCAACGGAACAGCUCACCGUUGAUGAUAUCGAAAACGUUUAUGACAAUAUCAGCUAUGAAGACUUGAAAGAAAUGGGACUUCUUCGACGGCAGCAUGAUUCUCUUGUUCCUCAAAAAGCUGCUGUGGACAAGACCAGUUCUUGUGUGGUGUCAAAAGAGAAGCCAGUUACUAGUUUUGGGGCAGCUGGAAAUACCAAUGUAAAUCUUCCAUUGGAUGUCUGUAAAUCUAAAGGGUCGGGCAGCUUUGGACCUUGUGAAUUAAAAAUAGUCGAGGAGAAUAUAUAUGACACAAUAGGCUUUCCAGACCAGUCUGUGGAAUCCUACAAGGAAGAUCUGGAUUUAAGUAAAAGGGACAGCUUCAUUCUCCUCGAGACGGACUUGUCUUGUGACGGACUGAGCAGGUUCAUUUCUGACGAAAGCCUGCAGUUUAGUGAGGAUGACGCAUCUGACCACCGGGUGCCCGCUGGCCAAGACUACUUGGGUUGGAUCGAUAGCUCGUCAAAUUCUGAUUCCCUGUCACACAGAUUGGUGGCAGACAAACUUUCUGAAGAAGUUGACGAGAUCUGGAGCGACUUAGAAAAUUACAUUAAAAAAAAUGAAAAGAAGCAAGAUCGCCUACCUGCCGCUUUUCCCGUCAGUCGGCAUGAUAUGCCAGGGAUGGCGUUUUCAAAAGUCACACCAACGGAGCGACCAGCAUCUGCCUUUUCCCGAUCUGAAAUUCCAGUCUUAAAGAAAUGUGUUGGUAGCAAGUCAAUGAGACUUGGAGGCAGUAGCCUGAAGUUGGAAGGAGAUGCACUAAAGGACAGAUCACUAAUUAAUCUGAGCCGAUUGUCACACUCCGGUGACUCAGGGAAUCAUCGGAGACCACAGUCUGCUGUGCUUUCCAAAGAUAUGCCAGACUUUAGUGGGCCAAGUGGGGACUUGAUGGAUAAAACCAAAAACAGGGUCUUCAUGAUGGCAAGGCAGUACAGUCAGAAGAUAAAGAAAGCAAACCAGCUGCUUAAGAUGAAAAGCCCAGAACAAGAUCAUCCACCCAGCAAGCAAAAGCAGAGACAAAAAGACCUUGCUGCCAUUUUGGAAGAGAAGAAACAAGGUGGACCUGCAAUAGGUGCAAGAAUUGCAGAAUAUUCCCAGCUGUAUGAGCAGAUUAUGUUUCGAGAAGCCCCUCCAUGUGCUCAGACUUCGGAAAGCAGUAAUCCGGCGAAGCUUAAUAGUCAUCGGCACCUCCAGUUUGCCCCCGAUGGUCACCUUAUCAGUGAAGACUGGCUGACUUCCACUUACAGCAACGGAGAACUUGCAGACUUUGUCUCCUGGCCCGACGAAGCCGAACUUCAAACAAAGGACAGAUUGGCCAGCACUCCACACAGGCUGUCUUCAGCGUGCUCCGUUCCCACUCUGAAGUCCUGUACGCCACAUUCCCCUUCUCAGAGGUGGAGCACCUUUGUUUGCCAGCCUAAUAAGGAGAAUCUUAGCCAGGAACAUAUUUACAAUUCUUUGGGGAGAAGACCCGUUUCUUCCAAACUGGAGCCAUACAGUAGAUGCCAGUCCUCAUCGUCUGUUAUGGUGAACUGUAGGACCAUGGAGUUAUCCAGUAGUUAUCAGACUCAGAGAGACUACAGUUUGGGUGCUUCUCAGGCACGAAUGGUAGCUGGAAAUAGCUGUGAUCUACUAACGAAUCAGGGAAACGAGCCCCCCAAACGUGGGGAAGAACAGCUCGAUGUUGGUGAGCAACAUGUGGAGCUUGGUUCUGGUAUGAUACUGCAGGAUACCCAGAAGGUUCUGGUAGUCAACCGAAACUUGCCACUCAAUGCCCAUGUUGCCAGUCAGAACUACUUUGCCAACUUUAAGGAUACAGGGGAUAAUGAUGACGAUGAUGAGGACUAUGUGGAAAUUAAAUCUGAGGAUGAAGAACAGGACCAAGCACUGGAUGAACUGGAUGGCGUAACUCCGGGUUUGAAAGAGCACAGCAGCCAAAGCCUCUCACAGUCGCUUAGCUCCCCUUGCACACCUUUGAAAAUGUUAGGCAGCCAAAGGAGGCCAGUCACCUUGACCACUUUCACAGCACAAGACAAGCUGAAUGACUAUCUGUGGAGCGUUCCACCAGAAAACCAACAAAACAUUGUACAGUCUCUCCGAGAGAAAUUUCAGUGUCUGAGUUCUAGCAGUUUUGCUUGAGGGUGAGCGUGUGAUCGUUUUGUUUGUCUAGUCUUGUCCCUGCGACUUCUCUCAGCACACAGACAUCAAGUCAUCGUAAGAUAGCAACACGUUAAACUGUGGUUUUGUGAUGUAAACACUGCAAUGCUAUUUACGGACACUUACAAGGCAACUGGCAAUGGCAUAGCUAAUAGUCACUGAACAUCGCAUCGUCAUUGUGCCCCACAACCCUACACAGUAAUAUCAUGCUUCAGCAAAAGCUUCAUAAAACAAAUGUUAAUGGUGAAAAAGCUCUGCAUUUUGUGUAAGUUAUGUGUUCCCUUAAAACUAAUGCUACUUCAGAACUGUACUUGUGCCGUAACUUUGUCAAAAAUUGAGUUCCGUGAAAGAGAAUAGAAAAAAAGUUAAAUCAUAGCUUGACAACUCUAGGAAAAAAAAUAUAAGGUGGGUGUGUGUGUGUGUAACCUACAAAUUACACCUCGGCACUGUCUCUAGUGCAUAAUCUAGUAAACUGCAUGAUCUCAACAAGUGGAAUAACUGUACUUGGACCUUGUUAAAUAAAGGGUUGCCGCCCAGUUUUAUAAUGAAACCAUCAAUUUAGGUCUGUCGUUUCACUGACUAUUUAAGAAAAUCUGAGAUGCAUGGUAGUAGAGUGGAAACAAAAUACACAGCAAGUCUAAAUUCAGCCUGCACUUUAUACUACCAGUACCUCGCAGGUAUAUCUGAUUUAGUUUUAUUAGGUAAUCUCAUAAUUAGAGGAAUCUCGUCUUGUAAUCGUGACAUCAUAGCUCUUAGGAGGUUUUUGCAGUUAAUUGUAUCCUUUACACACAGAAUGUUUUCUAGUUUGUUCUUGUACAGCACAUGUUUUAUGCUACCGAUACUCCAAGUCUCGGAUAUUAUUUCUUCACAUCAAGAUAGUAUCUUGUAAUUACAGGAUCUAGCAAUUUAAUCAUGACGUCUUAUUACUUUGGAAAUUUUCUGUGGAUAGUAGUUUCCUCGAUGUACAGAAUAUUUUCUAGUUUGUUCUUGUUCAGCACAUGCGUUUUACUACCGAUACCCCACAAGUCUUAAAAAUUAUUUCUUCACAUCAAAAUAGUAUCUUGCAAUUACCAGAUCUAGCAAUUUAAUCGUGAUGUAUUGACAAUCUGGGGGUAAUAGUCCACGCUACAUACACAAUCUUUUUUUUCUCUUUUAGUUGGUUUUCAUAUGGCACAUGUUUCAUGCUACCGAUUCUUCACAAGUCUCUGGUAUUCUUUCUUCAUGUCACAAUAAUAUCUCGUAAUUACGGGAUCUACCAAUUUAGUCAUGACAUCUGAUCACUUUGGACAUUUUCUGCGGAUUAAUAGUUUCCUCUAAGUAUUGAAAGACUUCUACUUUGUCCUUUUACAGCACAUGUGUUAUACUACUGAUACCCUACAAGUCUCAAAAAUUAUUUCUUCACAUCCAAAUAGUAUCUUGUAAUAAUAGAUUCUAGUAAUUUAAUCAUGAUGUCUUAUCACUUUGGAAAAUUUCUGUGGCCAAUACAAUCCUCUAUGUACAGAAUCUAUUUUUUAUUGUUGGUUCUUGUACAGCACAUGGUUUAUGCUACCAAUACUCCACAACUCAUGAAUAUUCUUUCUUCAUGUCACAAUAAUAUCUCGUAAUUAUGGGAUCUACCAAUUUAAUCACAACAUCUUAUUACUUUGGAGAUUUUCUGUGAUUGAUACCCUCUUCUAUGUACAGAAAAUUUCCAAAAUCAUUCUUGUACAGCACAUGGUUUAUGCUACCGAUACACCACAAGUCCCAAAAAUUAUUUCUUCACAUCAAGAUAGUAUCUUGUAAUUACAGAAUCUAGGAAUGUAAUCAUGACAUCUUAUCGCUUUGAAGAUUUUUUGUGGUUAAUAGUAUCCUCUAUAUACAGAAAACUUCCUAGUUUGUUCUUGUACAGCACGUACUUUAUGCUUCCGAUACUCCAUAAGUCUUGGAUAUCAUUUCUUCACGUCAAGAUAAUAACUCACAACUAUACGAUCUUCCAAUUAAAUCCUAACGUCUUACCACUUUGGAGAUUUUCUGUGGUUGAUCGCAUCCUGUACAUAUGGAAGAUUUUUAGUUUGCUCUCAGCAGUAACUCAUGAAACUACUUCUCAGGUAUUUAAUAUUAUUUCAUCCAAUAAAUCUCUCAAUUACAAAGUCUAUAUUCAAUAAAGGUAAUAAUAUCUAGUAAUUAGAAGAUCUCAUCUUUCAAUCAUAUUAUUUCUAGUAUGUUUCUCUUGAUUAAUAGUAUCUUAGAGAAUAUAUUAUAGUUUGUCCUUUUUGGAUACUAGCCCCAUAGUGCCGGUACAUUACAGGUAUUUAAAAUGAUUUCCUCUAAAAGAUGCUACCUACCUACUAAUUUUAGGAUAUAAUCUUCUAAUUUUGACCCUUUCCGUUCCUUUAUACUUGAUUUUAAAUGAAUGACAGCCUGUAAGUAGUAGGGAAUUUCUGCUUCCAGCAACUUGCAGACCUCUUAUUUUGUCCAGUUGAGAUUGUUUUUGUAAUUAGAGAAUAUAAUCAAGAUCAUUGUAACCACUCAUUGAUUUUAGUGGUUAUUAGGAUGUUUGUCCUCGUACGGCAAUUAUAUUACCGUUACCAAUCCCAUGGUAAGCAUGCAAUUACAGAAUAUAAUCACGACAUGUUAUCUCUUACAUAUUUUGCAUGUGUUGGAAAGUAUCCUGUGUAUAAACAUAGAUAUCUAUC